UCACGUCCAGUUACGUGGCGGUGUCGUCAUCAGCUGUCAGUUCAUUGCUGGAAUGGCUUCCUGUUUCCUCUGUCCUGCUGCUCUCUGAAAGAUGGAAAAUAGUGUACUUUUUUUAAUACCCUUCUUUACAAAGCACUGCCGUGUGCGGGGCAGCACGCCGUGGAGACCUGGACACAGAGUGUGCGAGGAGGAGACAGUAGCGCUGUCAGAGGGCUCACCAUGCUGCUGCCCCAGCUGCCAGAGGAUGUUCUCUAUCACAUCUUGGCUUAUUUGGACUACAUAUCUCUCAGUCGCCUCUCUCAAGUUUGUAAAACUAUUUACCACUUUGUAAACCGGGACGCUGUGUGGAGGAAGAUUGCUAAAGAGUUUUUAAACACUGGAAUUACUCGGAAUGGGACGGACAUAUAUCCUCACAUCCCACUGAAGGAGAGAGUGAAGAUAGCUCAAAACUGGUAUGAUGGGGUCUGCAAAGGGGCUAUUCCUCUCAAAUGGAAAACAAAACUGUUGCCAUGGUUGCAGCUGGAUGGGAAGGUACUGUUUCUGUCUCAGGCUGCUGAUAUUGGAGCGUACCAUCUGCGCCAAGACUCCGGGAGGCUCCAGCGGAACCCAUUUGAAAUCUACUCGGGCCACAAGGGUGAUGUCUGUCGCUUUGUUCUGACGGACUCUCACUUGAUCAGUGGUGGAAGUGAUGGCAAGAUCCUGGUCCACAGGAGGAGGAGUGACAUGUCAAUGGAGUUAUCAGGUCAUAACCAGGAAGUCAACUGCCUGGACUCUAAAGAUGGACUCAUCGUCAGUGGAUCCAGAGACCAAACAGCCCGGAUUUGGACUUUGACUUCCAGCUGCCCCAGAGACACAAUUCCCAUGUAUGACAGAGUGUGGUCUGUUGCUAUUAGUCCCACACUGAGCUCCUUUGUAACAGGCACUGCAUGCUGCGAGAACUUCUCCCCUCUUCGCAUCUGGGAUAUUGAACGGUCAGAGUGUGUGUGCAGUCUGGGCUCACAGUUUCGUCGCGGGGCUGGUGUGUUGGACAUGGUGUUUGAGUCUCCGUUCCAGCUCUUCACCUGCGGCUAUGAUACUUUCAUUCGACUGUGGGACCUCCGACUCAGCCCACGAUUUGGACAAACUACUGGAGGCCAUUGUUCUGGGUUGGAAUCAUGACACUUUGAAAGUAUGUUUGGAGGUCGAAUCAGCUGAUAUCACUUUAUUUCAUGGAUCCGAUAUUUUCCUGUAACUUCCUGAAAAGGUACUGCUAUGUAACUAAAUUCAUAGGAAGGUUCCUUGAAACACCUAUGUAAUUUGGUACUCAUUAUAGGGGAAAUGGAGAAACUUUCAAUUAAUUCAUUCCAAUUAAUUACUAGCACAACCUAGUUUCCAAAAAUAAAUGUGUAAUGAAUGAAUAUUUACUUGGGUUUAAACGGAUCAGUUCAUUCUCAAACUUCCUCUGGAAAUCAACAACUGCCUAUAAACGAAACCCAACUAAAGUCAAAUAACUGACUCAGAACUUGUCUCUAUGAUGCCCCUGUGACGGGGUCAGACUUCAGACAGUCACUGACUCCAAAGGAUUUCAAAUAUCGAAUAUAAUGACUUUAUUUAAGUUUAUCUUAAUUUGUCCAAUGCAUUUUGGUCCCUUGCAAUUGGGGAACUAUCUAUAAAAAGGUCUACAAAGAGGUGCCCUGGUGGCAUAAGGUAAAGGCGCAUACUUUGUAAUCACACCCCUGGUUGGAUUCUAGCUGGGUCCCUCCAUUGCAUGUCACCCCCUUCUCUGUCUCCCUGUUUCCUGUCUGUAUCUAUUGUCACUGUUAAAUCAAUAAAAGACAAGUGCUAUAAUUCCUCCACUAUCUGAUGUGAAUGCAAACUCUUUCAAAAUAACGCGAACAGUCAACACUGUAACAUCAAAGUCACUGGCUGUAUUCGGAAACCGCCUACUACCGACCAACGCAGUGUGUACUGCUUACUGCUUUUCAUAGCAGUAUGCAGUAUGAAACUGUUAAAUGGAUUUAUUUUGCAGUAUGCUAGGCCAGGCUUAGCUGGUUUCCGGUUUUGGAAAGCGGAAGUAAACAAUAGGAGUAAUAAAUGUAAAUACCACUUAACAAUUUUUUGUGACUCGGCUACGGCCUGUCUGUGACGAACGCGUCGCUAACGUUAAAGUUAAGUCUGCUAAGCUAACGUUUGAUAUCAUGAGACAGCAACGUUAACCUUAGCGAGCUGUCAAUAAGAAAACAACAUGACAUACAGAACUUAAAUUUAACGUUAAGUUCUAUAUUUUGUCAUUUGGGACGGGGGGGUGUUGCUGUCCAAUCAGUAUGUACUGCUAGUAUAGUAGGCGCUUUCGAAUACAGCCAAUGUUUCAUUUGAAAUCCAAUGUGCAGAAGCACAAGGCUAACAGAAGAAAAAGUGUUUCUCUGUUUUAAUAAUUAUGGUCUGUACAGUACACAAAUUAAAAAGUGUGCUGAUGCAUGUAAAUGAUAGACAACAUACCUUCAGUCUGCCUCUGGAUAAAAAGAUAAGAAGGAAAAACAGCAAAAUCCCAGACACAGAACUGUCUCUCCGCUACGUCUGUGAAGAAGCAGCUUCAAGUAGUCCAGUUGCCUUUGACUUUGCACUUCUACAUAUCUCUUCAUUACAUUUCCAAGUUAAAACAUUAUGUGGUGCUAAUACAGAAAAAAAAGGUCCUGUUUUGAUCUCAAAGCAUGUGUGUGAACUCCUUCC